GUCAGUGCUGUGGAGAGCAAAGCAGCAACAGAAACUGCAGCAGCAGAAGCGUGAGACACGUUUCUCUCUCAUGAGCGUCAACAACGCAGAAGGGCAGGAUGGGAAAGCUGAGCGGCAAAGCAAGAGGAGGAAGUGAGCGAGCCUUAUAGAAAGCAAGAGGCACAGAAGCUGACGUUAUUUUGAAGAAAGGAAAGAAGAGACAGAUCGACAGCUUCUUUUUGAGAGAGUGUCCUUUUUGAAGUAAAGAGGACUGGAAGAUCGCUGAAUCAGAUUGAAUCAACAGUGACAAUCUAAACGAGCACAGAGGAAGAGGAAGUGUGUUUUUUAAUCUUGGAGGUGACAGCAGGUUUAAGACUUGACGUGCUGCAGGGAUGUCUUGGCUGUCUCCGGUCCAGUGGGCCAAAUGGACAUGGUCAGCAGUGACUCGGGGUGCGGGGGACGAGGGGCAGCCCAGAUCCAAGGAUGACGGAGAGGACAAUUCAGACUCGGAGGGGAAUUUUGGGACUCCUGAGGCAGAGUCUCCAGGUGUUGUGAAUCUACUGAGCCAACUAGACAACUCCAACCACACAGUUCCUUCUGAUGUUGCAAACCACUUUAUGAACAAGAACCAGGAUGUCGGCCCAGUUUCAUCCCAAGAGGUUGAUUCCCUUGACAACCUCACCGGCUCCUCACCUAACGACCGCAGCUUUGGUUUGGACCAGAACCUCAACUUGACCCUCAGCAGCAGGCCCAGUCCUGGAGUGGGCCUCUUACCAUCCAGCCCUCUGCCCCAGCCUCAAGCCCUCCGGCCUCCAUCGUUGGCCUUCCUUUCCCCGCUAAACAAACCAGAUCCGUCCGAGGUGGACGACCAGGCUCCGGUGUCAUCUGACUCCAGCCCGGACUCAAACUUGAUCUCCAGUCAUGACAGCUGUGUAGAUCCCGACUUGCUUAAUGGCAACAUGAACUCCAACACACAAAACACAAAACUGACCUGUGAGACCAACGGCACAAUUAUCACGAACUCCUGUAAAGUGAAGCAGACACAGUCGAUGCAAAAUGACUUCAGUGGACAGGAUGACCAUCGUGGAGACCACGCCACAGAUGAGGAGAAGUUGGCGAGCAGUGCCAGUGUCAAACCAGACAAGGACCAAAGCGACUGCCACAUGACAUCAAAACCUGAGGACUCAGACUGCUGCCCAGUGCAGUUUGAAGACCCAUGCAAACUGAAGAACAAGCUGGAGGGAAGUGAAAUGCAGAAAACAGGAAGUCGGGUCCUGGAUUCCAUCUGCAUCAGUGAGGAGGAAAAACAGGCCGUUCUGACCCUCAUUAGAGAGGAGAUCAUCACUAAAGAGGCAGUAGCCAACGACUGGAAGAAAAAGUACGAGGACAGCAAACAAGAAGUCAGUGAGAUGAGGAAGAUUGUUGCAGAAUAUGAGAAGACAAUCGCUCAGAUGAUCGAGGACGAGCAGCGCAACAACCAGAGCUCCCAGAAGGCUUUGCAAACUGUGACGACGGAGAAGGAAGCCGCCCUGGCAGACCUGAACUCCGUGGAGCGCUCUCUCUCUGACGUGUUUCGGCGUUAUGAAAAUAUGAAGAGCACCCUGGAGGGCUUUAAGAAAAAUGAGGAGGUGCUGAAGAAGUGUGCUCAAGAGUAUCUGGCCAGAGUCAAGCAGGAGGAGCAGAGAUACCAGACACUUAAGAUCCACGCUGAGGAGAAACUAGACAAGGCCAAUGAGGAGAUCGCUCAGGUGCGUGCAAAGGCGGGCUCAGAGAACAUGGCGAUGGCGGCCAGUUUGAGGAAGGAACAGAUGAAGAACGAGUCUCUGGAACAAGCUCUGCAGCAGAAGAAUCAAGAGAUGGAGGAACUCACUAAGAUCUGUGAUGAGCUGAUUGCCAAAAUGGGAAGAAUAGACUGAGAGAGGCUCCCUGUGAUCAGCCAUUACUGUCCCUCCGGUCCUGCUUAACAGCGACGCCCUGUGCAUGCCCCCUGUCAUCUGCCAGCCCUGCAUCACAGAGACUGCUUUCAUACAGAUGUCUAAAGUAAACGUCAUGUAUACUACUAUUGCACUACUUGUGACCUGAAUCAAGAAGGUUCUCCACAUGCUAAUAAUUGUUCUAGGUUGGACUUUGUUAUGUGUAUGUGGUCACAUUGUUUUGUUUGUAUAUUUGCCUGUUAUGAGGCCAUCCGGACCUCUUGUGCUUUCGCCCAUCAUGCCAGUAAGCAACAACCUGCUUGUGACUCAACUCAAAUUCCCAGCAGCUUAAAGGCUAAAUUUCCAGCAACUCCUGGGAUGACAUCAUGCAGGCGGGGGUUGUUUAAGAGUUACAUUGAGGCGUAGAGUAUAUUUCGUUUUGAGAAGGAUUGUUUUAUGUUAAAGCAACAAUCCAUGAAAUGUAUUUUUCUAUAAAAUAAACAAGGAUUUUAUUCUGAAAGAGCAAAGCUCAGGGUAUUAUGUGGGGUGGAAUGAGGUCAGGGUCAAAGUCAGGCUGCACAAGAACUGUAGGAAAGGAUUAAGGAUUAUUUGAGGAAAUACAGUAGCGCUCAGAGGCCUUGGUUUGUUCAGGAGAGACAUUGAAACCAGACUGAGUUUGGACCACAUGUCAGUAAAACUAAAGCUGCAAAUAAUUCAAAGCAUUUGUUUUGCCUGGAUUCUGGACAAUUCAAGUAGCUACGGAAAGUUUAUCAGUCACAAGUUUAAUAAAUGGACAAUCAUAGACUUGGAUUAUAUAAAAUGAAUGGCAUUGUCUUGUCUGAAGUCAGUAAAGCCAAAACUUUAUGUUGAAGAGUAAAGAGGGAGAAGAUGAAUUGACUCCCCACUCACUGUAUGUUAACUAUCCUUUGUUAAGGAUCCUGAACAACUGUGAAGCAUAGUGACUCUAUAUUUUGGUUGAAAAUAUUUUAAAUCUAUUAUAAGAAAAGAAAGCCCUGCAAUAUGUCAACAGUUAUUUUCUUCUUAGAUCAUCACUGUGUCACAGAUUGAGUGGAAAAAAUUACAUUUCCACACAUUUUUCUUCCAACCAAGGAGGAAACUAAGUGUUUAACAACUUUGUAAGAAGUUUUUAUCCGUUGCUUAUGUGUGCUUAAAAUGUGACCUCUCAUGCCUGUAAUUACAGAACUGCACCAAUUAUUCAGUUUGUUUGCAUGAUUAUUUUUCAUAGCUUUGUAUUUCUCAGAAUGCAGAUUUUUUUCUUAACACACCAGUCAAACUAGUGGUGAAGUAAUGAUUUAAGAGGCUGUGAUGUAGUAACUGGGUAUCAGGGAAAAUAUUAUGGAACUUGGUUCAAAUGAGAAAAAAACUUGCCAUUUAACGCAAUAAGCCAAAUGUGGCAACAAUAUCAAUGUUUAUUGAAGGCUUAACACAAACUACUAUUUACUGCUAUAAGUAUAAAAUAUGAAAAUCUAUACCUUAAAUCAGGCAAUAUUUGGUCAAAGAAACUGACUCGUUACCACCUUGUAGCUCUAUUUAUGACACAAACCCCCUGAUGUGCCACAGUUUAUAUUUGUGCCAUUCUGAUGUCACGUUACCUCUCGUUACUCAGCUGGUUUGUCUGUGCUUUACAAAAUAUAAUUUUGUCACUUUAGCUCCUUUCUUUAAUUAUUGUUUGUACAUUAGAAAUGAGGAUCUCACACUUGUGUUAAUACUUUGAUGAAUAAUAAGUCUGAGUGAGUGUGUGUACAUUUGCUUGUAUAAACAUAAAUAUAAUUUGUUCUACUACAAGAUGUUCAUGUUUUUUUUUUUACUUACUGUUUCUGCAGUUUUUCAUUAUUUCCUUUACCGCAGACUCGAAGCAUUAAAGUAUGA